GCCAAGGCUCGCGAGCGCUCAGAGCCAACAAGCACCGAGUAGCCGAAGUGUUUCACGCGAGUUACUUCAUGUCAACGGCUGAACAGCUGAUUUAUUCGUGAAACAAAAUUUACACCGGAUUAUCAACGAAGGUCGGUUUCAUGUUAAAAGGAAGCAGACUGGGGCACCCAUGGCUGCUGAAAUCAAGCCGAUAGGAAGUUCGGACGCUCAAGUCGGGAACUCCAAGAAACCGCAGCUGAUCAACAAACUCGUCGGUCACCAGGAGGCAGUGAACGUCGCCGUCAUCAUUCCUGGAGAGGAUGGUGUCAUCAGCAUCAGCGAUGACAGGACCGUCAGAGUAUGGCUCCGGAGAGACACUGGGCAGUACUGGCCAAGUAUAUGCCAUAACAUGCCAUCUGCUGCCUCGUCCAUGGACUACAAUUCCGAGACCCGGCGCUUAUUUAUUGGAAUGGACAAUGGCUCCAUAUCGGAAUUCCUAGUCGCCGACGACUUCAACAAAAUGACUCAUCAAAGAAAUUAUUUGGCGCACCAGGGCAAGGUGGUGGGCAUUGUGUUCUCUCUGAUUGCCGAGUGGGUGCUGAGCGUGGCGAGGGACAAGUACUUCCAGUGGCACUGCUCAGAAACAGGUCGCCGUCUCGGCGGCUUCCAAUGCAAUGCCUGGUGCACUGCGCUUCAAUUUGACGCGCAGUCCAAGCAUGCAUUCAUUGCCGACUACUCUGGCCACAUCACCAUGGUGAAGGUGGAGGAAACUGGCUACAAGCCAGUGACCACACUCAAGGGACACUCGGGGAGCAUUCAGUGCCUUUCUUGGGAUGCCGAACGAAAGCUGCUCUUUUCCGGCGGCUUUGACCAGACCAUUAUUGUGUGGGACAUUGGGGGAAAGCAGGGCACUGCCUAUGAGCUGCAGGGCCACCACAACAAAGUGACAGCCUUAUGUUAUCAUAGUCCAGGAAAGACACUCAUCUCUGCAAGCGAGGACUCUACGCUUGUGUUCUGGAACAUGACAACCAAGAGGAUAGAAACUCCGGAGUGGGGAGAGAGCGACACGUGCCAACGGUGUUCUCGUCCGUUCUUCUGGAACAUCAAGGCAAUGAUGGACCAAAAAACGAUCGGGAUCCGACAGCACCACUGUCGAAAGUGUGGCAAGGCGGUGUGUGACAAGUGCAGUUCCAACAGAAGUCGCAUUCCCAUCAUGGGCUACGAGUUUGACGUGAGGGUCUGCGACGAGUGCCACGUCAUCAUCACCGACGACGACCGUGUGUCCAUGGCAACGUUCCACGAAGCCCGGCACCCAGUGGUGCACAUGCACCUGGACGUCACACGGGGCCACCUGUUAACCACAGGCUCCGAUAGGGUCAUAAAGAUAUGGGACAUCAGCCACAUGCUGUAGGGUGCAGAACCUCACAAAGAGCAGCAUCGAGAAGACGACCCUAGCUUUCCACUUUGUUGCCAUACUCUGCGUUGGAGCCAGGCAAAUGCAGCCAGGGGUCCCGUCUGGUGUAGUCUUUCACUAAGCUCUGGUCUCCCAGUGACACCCCCAAAUAUCGUAAGGUAGUAGUACAGCGGGGGAGCAGUUUGUAACGGUGCAAGGGUGCGGGAGUCGACACAGGCUGCCACCGUUUUCUUUUUGUUUGUUUUGUAACAUGCCUAGAAGGUGUUGGACUACACUCCGAAGGUGGUGCAUGACCCUCCCUCUCGAAUGCAUGUGUCAGCCACGCGAGCCACGCGACACUCUUCUAAACACAGUAGUGCGACAAUUGGAGGGUGCUUGGAGUGUGUAAGUAUGUGCGGUCAACUUGGUUACAUUUAUUUAUACGUGGGCGUGUCCAAGCACAUUUUCACGCAAGCUCGGUUUUAUAUUUGCCAUUUCGCCCCAGCGUUUGUUGGCGACUUGGAACGUGAAAACGUCUUUUUGAUCGGGGUAAAAAGGGAUUGCGGAAAGGCGGUAAUUGGACUGGGUGAUCGAUGAUAUAAAAGACUACCAGUGGAAUGUAUGAUUUGAACAGGUACCAACCAAAGAUGCUGCUGCACUUUUUCUUUUUUGACCAAGUCAAGCUGAGAAGGUCUGAUCGGUUCUCUUCUGUGCACGUAGACACAGUGGAUGUGUCUACGUUACGUUUGUCAUUGAAGUAUGCAUCAUAAGUUUACUUUGUUUGGGUUGAACUCACCAAUAAUGUGCAGUUAGUGUGUUAGGUUAUGUAUAUUUCUGUGUUGCACUUUCUAUCGAUUAGUAUUGUGAGGCAGCACAAGCUAUUCAUAAUUCAGAUCUGUAUGAAAGCUUUGAGUCACAUGAGACUUUCUUUUUUUUUCUUUUCUCCCUUUUGUUGACACAAACUUAUUGUUGACAAAUUAAGUUCUAUAUCGCCAUAGCCAGGAUUAUGUCGAGCGUCACAUCACCUUUGUUUCUAUCGUUGGCAGCCCCCAAGGUUUGUGUAAUAGCCAGUGUUCCAGGCUGUGUCAAUUCCACUGUAGUCCAAAAUAGCUAACUCUGAACUGGGUACAUUGGAAAUGGUGCUUGAACAGACAAAGUCUUAACUCCAGUUCUAAUGUUCCUGAAAGUCGGUGUUUCCCCACUCCCCCACUGUUACCUUGUCUUGUCCAAUAUGAAAGUGCAGACACUGUGGAUAUCUUUGUGCCGUCGAAUAAUGAUUGCUACUGCUAAAUGGUCUUGCAAAAGUUGUUAUAUACAUCUGUGAUAUGCAGCUCUAGCAAAGUAAAAAGUGGGUUAAUGUGCUUAAUAAAUUCAUAUGCAUUGA